AUGUCGAGCUUCGACAAGACCGUCAAGCUCGCAUGCAAGCCAAAGGCUGCUCCUCCAAAGGCCAAAUACAUCGACCCGAUCAUCGCUGCUACGUACUCCGAGGACGGCGCAGUACAUGAUGUAUGCAAAGCACUCUCCCCAAGACUUAGAGAGCCAAACGUUAUUAUUGUAUAUAAGGCUCUCAUAGUUCUGCACACUAUGAUUCGCAAUGGUGCUACCGACAAUGUCCUUUCCUAUCUCUCUUCAGACGACGUCCUACGGCUGAAAAGUGUUUCGGCUGGUCAUUGGGAUGGCUAUGACACACCCCGAAACUUGCAGAAUUACGCUCUUUAUCUGGAUGCAAGGAUACGUACUUACAAGGAUCUCAAGCAUGAUCCAGUACGAGUGCAGAGCGACUCAAAUCGGGAUGCGAGGGUUGAAAGCACUUUCGAAAGAUCUAGCACAGCUAGAGCUUCUAAUGGACCCCAGAGAAGCAAGACAAUCAUGGGACGCAAGUUACGCUCGAUGACGGUUGAAAAGGGUUUAUUACGAGAGACAAAGGCUGUCCAGCGGACGAUCAAUGCGUUACUGGAAUGCAAGUUCUAUUUUGAUAACUUGGAUGAUGAGUUAAAUGUCACGGCUCUCCGCAUGCUUGUAAAGGACCUGCUGGUUCUCUUCCAAGCUUUGAAUGAAGGCGUGAUUAAUGUGCUGGAGCAUUACUUCGAGAUGUCGCAUGUUGAUGCGGAGACGGCUCUUGGAAUUUAUCGGAACUUCUGCAAGCAGACAGAAAAGGUAGUCGAGUAUCUCGGCGUCGCAAGAAAACUCCAGAAUAUGCUCAAUGUCCCGAUUCCAAACCUCAAACACGCACCCGUGUCACUUGUGUCAGCUCUUGAAGAGUAUUUGAACGAUCCGAACUUUGAGCAGAAUCGCAUCGAGUACAAGACUACCAGAUCUCUAGCAGAUAAGAACGCGCGGGAGGGCAACACAGCACCGAAUGGUGUUGAUCACGGGAAACCAAGCUCAUCAAGUGCGGCACCGACAUCUUCGACAAAUGCGCAUCCGAGUUCAUUGACGAAGCCUUCGGAUCCCGAAAAUAAGGCUUUGGUCGACUUCUUCUCAUCAAUUGAGGGAGAACAGACUUCCAUGUUCUCUCCAUCCAAUAGCCAACUUCAGCAACAGCAACAACAAAUGCAACAGCAGGCGACACACAAUCCUUUCGCUUUACGGCAGUCAAUGAUGAUCACAGGGGCUUUCCCUCAGCAACAGCCGUUUGGCCAGCCACAGAUGCCCCAACCAACUGGCUUCGUCCAACCGCAGCAGACCGCAUUCCCUGGAGCUUUCCAACAGCCUCAACCGACUGGGCUUCCUCAGUCUCAACAUCCCUCGUUCUCUUCAUUCCUCCGCCCGCAAACGGCCCAGCCUACGGGCUUCUUGCAACCGCAAGCGACUGGCGCUAACCCCUUCCGCCAAAGCAUGUUGAUGCCGCAAUCGACUGGUUUUCCCGCAUUCGGCCUUAGCGGUGGACCUGCAUCAAACGUCAAUACGUUCCAGUCAACUGGCGCUCCGUUUUCAGUACCGCAACCAACGGGCCAACCGCAGAGUGCUCAGGCUUCCACCAAGCAUGAUGACUGGGGCAAACGGUCAGCAAUUACCUCAGAGACCUGCCUCUACCCCGUUGACGGGUACGAAUAA